AACCUGUGUCCCCCUCGGCCUUGCGCUCCCUUCCCUCCUUUUCCUCUUCCACGUUCACUACGCUGCCACUCGUCUCGCCAUGCUGCAUACUUUUUUUCUCUCCAUCUCUUGUGUUCACCGUCUUUCAGCAUUUCUCGAACCGCAGACGCUCUCACCCGGCAGCUCACCCACCAAGCCGUGCGUCCUUGCGACGUAGCCGUCCUGAGACCUUCCAGAUUCGCCUUCUUUGUCGACUACAGCUUUUGUUGAUGACCGCCGUCUUUUAAGACUCGUCAACGCAUCACUUGCACCUGCAGCGACUCGGCCUCCUUCCAGAGGCGUUGGAUCAUGUACGCCAACGCCAGGUGGGCCAUGCUAGUCAGGGUGUCGGGAUGUUUCUCUCCCAGCACCUUCUUUCUCGCCUCCAUCACUUGCACCUGCACCUGUUACCGGCUGGCGAGAACGACUGGUGGCUUUCGAACCAGAUGCAAAAGUACUCGCCCACGCACUUGUUCUCAAGCGACCCGAUUGACGGAUCAGCAAACCUUCUGACGCUGCGGGUGGAUCCCCAUCGCGUCUUUGACGAGAGGCAUCGUUCCCAAGCUUGGGGAAGAGAGUGGGGCAGACGGCAGGGAGGUGGACAUAGGGCGUGACGGAGCUGCUGGUGGAGGAGGACCCCAGUCUGUAUGACAGCGGCUACUUUGGGGCAAAGAUCUCUGAGAAUAAAGGCUGCUAUGAUGGCGAGCUUGGCCUUGCUGAGUUGCAAGAGGAGGAGCCUCGGUGGCGGUUACGGAAGCGGACGCUCAGUUUCGAGGAGGAGUACUCUGCCUCAAAACGCAUUCACAUUGAAGAGCGGGGUGUACAAAGCCAGGCCAACAGCAAUGAUAGCCACUUGUACUCCGUAGUUUCCAGGCCAACCAAAUGCUUUGUUUAUUACCCCUGAAAGGAAGAACAUUUAUUAAGCCGUGA